AUGACCGACGCCCUACCUGAGGACGCCUGGAACAAAGAGUUCCGCACAGCCAACGCCAAGCCCCUCUUGACCUCUCUCCAGCGACGCCUACAGGCGUCCAACACGCACGUCCAUGCUCUCGCCGAAUUGUACCGUGAGCGCGCCUUGAUCGAGCAAGAAUAUGCCACAAAACUUGGCAAGCUGGCUCGCUCGGCCGAGGCGGGCCUGUUCUUUGGCAAGAACGGGACACAGUGGGAUAAGCAUGGCGGCGAGGCCAAGCUCUGGAAUUCGGUUCUUGCAGACAUCAACGAGACAGCCGACUCCCACUCGACUCUGGCGGUGACGCUCAAGUCGGACUUUGAAGGUCCCAUCCGCGACCUCCCGAACAAGGUCCUUCCUUGGCGCAGCAUCAACGAGAAGGAGAAUUCGCUUGACCGUCUCAUGAAGGACCACGACAAGAUCAACACCAAGCUCCAGAAGGCGCUGAGUAAAAACUCUGGCAAGGCCGGAGAACUCGAGGCCGAUCUCAACGCUGCAAACCAUCAGAUCUCGGCCCUGUUACCAGCCCUGUUCACCGCGUACCAGCGCCUCGACGAGGAUCGUCUCCGCAGCCUCAAGGAGGUUGUGGUGCGAUGGGCGACAGCUCGUGGUGACAUGGCCGCAAGCGACGGCCAACGCGCACAACAGACCGCUGCUCAACUCCUGAGUUGGGAGCCCGCAGACGAGGUCGUCGCCGUUGGGAUCCGGCUGGGUUCGCAGGCUGGUGGCAGCGGAUCCUCGCGGCCCAUAGAGACCUCUGUACCCAGAGAAGGCGAGACUCCCCGUGCGUCGACGCAGACAGCCGGCACCGGCGCGUCCGACUUUACUCCACGCAUGCAAAAGGCCAACGGAUCGACGUCGAACGUGUCUUUGCCUGGCACCAGCCUCGGGCCUUCGCACGGCGGAGGCGGCGCGUUUGGUGGCCUCAAGUCCAUGUUAAGCAGAAAGACGACCGUUGCUAGUCGCCAGCGCCGCGGCAGUGAGGCGACGUCGGUGCGCAGCAAUCGUCGUCCAACGGGUGACGGCUUUGAGGCGGUUAGUGAUGGCCAUAGCGAGCGGCAGCUCUCGACGCCCGUGCGAGAGAAGCCCGAACCUAUUCCCGAAAGACCCUCCAGCAAGCGUGAGCCGAGUGGUACGAAAGCAUCGGCGCCUCAGGUCGAUGCGGAGGGUUACACGAUUGCGCCAGUCGACCGUCACAAGCCUUUGUGGGACGAGCCUAACGAGAACAUGCAAUCAUCCUCUUCUCGCGGGACCGGGGCCAUCGCGCUUCCUUCAGCCAUUUUUGCAAACCAGCGCAGCUCUUCGCCUGGCGUGAUGCAGGACAACCAGAGCACCAGCUCGUCAUUGGCUGACGACACUGCCCCUCGCCUCAACCUCGCCAUGGCUUCAGCUCCUAUCAAGGAGAGCGAUGAAGAGCGCAAGGCCGCUCUCACCAAGAUGCAGCAGACGCUGUCCAUGCAGCCUCAACCGCCCGCUCGACGCUCAACCCUCGCGCGGGGUCGCCGUGAGGCCCGCCACACGCUCCAGGCCUCAGCUGCUGAUGCGACUCCCCUUCCCCCUGCCCACAUGGCCGCUCUCGCCCGCAUGGGUGAGGAGGAACGCCUCAACGACGACUCGUCGCUCUCCCCGAGACAUGAUAUCACGCGUAGACGCUCCGUUUCCAGCCUUUCAACCUCGUCGCGCAAUCCUUUCGACUCACCCGGCGUGGCCGCUCCGUCGCCUGGCCUCGAUGCGCCCCCUCCCGUCCUCGACCGCGCACCAUCGCCGCGCCGCGCACCAUCCCCACCCAUCGCUGCUGGCGCAGCUGUCCUCGGGGGACUUGCCACCGCGGGUGCUGGUGCUGCCGGCCUCAGUGCACAUUCCCAGCCAAACGGAACGGAGGGUGCUCUACCUUCGACUGCCGCUGUCCCGGCCUCUCCGCCAGCAACCUCGCCAGCUGCGCCCGUUUCACCAACUGCUUCCUUUGCCGGCACCAGCAGCCAAGCACCUCCAAUGCCCUCGGUGUCGACCCCGACUGCCAUUCCGGGUCUGAACGCCUCGAUCACCGAGACGGUGGACGCGUUAAUCCGUCAGAACCAGGUGGUGCAGACAAUGGUGAAUGGUGAGAUCCGCGUAUCACUCGCAGCUUCAGCGAACCAGCCCCUACCCCCAGCGGGCUCGGCGAUUCACAUCCGCUUGACCGAGUUCGACAACCUAGAGUCGAUCUCGCCCAAUCCGGCCUUCCUCGUCCAAGUGCCGGACAGCCCGGGGGAGUAUUAUCUCAACACCGAAGCGGCUGCUCAGGCCACUGCGAAACCACAGGACGGAAACCACCGUGGGCCUGUGCUAUUCCAGUACCAGGUCGCGAGUACAGAGGGCAUGGCACCAGUCACCCUCAAGCCCGCGUUCCAGGUCAAAAACGGCGAGACUCGCAUGAUCCUUCACUACGGCGUCGCGCCCGGCGCCGGCGUCACCGACCUGAACCUCGACGUCCACUUCCCCCGUGAGCCCGAGGUCACCACCACCCAGUCGAAGCCCGUCAGCGGCGCGUGGACCGAUGGGCCGGACGGUAGCCGGGUGAUAUCUUACCGUGUACCGGCCCAAGACGGCAUCGAUAGCAAGGUUAUCGCGCGGUUCAUCUCUGGCGGCCAGCUUGCUCCCAGCAACGUCGGUGCCCACUUUGCCUGCGCUGGUCGCAUCCUCUCUGGCAUCAGCCUUGAGACCGUCGAGGAUGCACAGUCGGUACCUGGCUGGUCGUUUGCCGACAUCAGCCGCGCUGUUUUGUCUGGCAAGUAUGGCGGCUAG